UGCCUUCUGGCCAUGCCCGACAGCGACGGGGACGCUAACAACUUGAAGGGCAAAAAUGCGCUCCCGUUGCAUGCGCUUCCCGCCGGUUGGCACCCGGCACACGCGGUCCGCAACAACGGGCCAGAUGAGCUGGCAAUGCACCGCUUCAAACUGCGGGAACUCGCAGAGGGCUGGCCGAUGUACCGUGACGCACGGGAGUGGGAGAACUUCCGGUCGCUUUUUCACCCGGGCGCGGUGGUCUACACAACAUGGACGGGACGGAUCGGGUUGGAGGAGUUCAUUGCAGUGUCACAGGCGGGGAUGGAUGCCGGAGCACACAUCAUGCACCGCGUCCACGGCUGCUCGGUAGACAUCAAGCCGGACGCCCGCCGCGCCGUCGUCAAGAUGAAGGCGACCAUCACGCAGCGCUUCGUGCUGCCGGGCGGGAUCGCGGUGGACGCCGAGUGCGACUGCCGUUUCUGCAUGUUCUUCGCGCGCGACCCGUGCCAAGACACGUGGGGCGCGGUUUUCGUGCGCCAUUUCUACGAGAAGGACCGGCUUGUGCCGGUGGACCCGCGGCGCGUGCCGGAGUUGGAUGAUGCUCGGCUUGCGAAGCUACCGGAGGGGUACCGCUUCCUCGCCUACUGCCAGGAGGUGUGCAUGGGGGUGAAAGUAAAGACUGAUAUGCCGCAGAUGCGCGGGGAGGCACAUGAUAGGCUGUUGGCCCAGUGCAAGGCGUGGCUCGAGGGCGAGGACAUUGAGAUUUAA